AUGACAACGACAGAGAUGACGGAUAAACGACGAAUAUCAUCCGAGAAAAGGAUUAAUGGCGAAUCCACUUUGAUUGUCGAGAAUGCAAAUACACUGGGGGAUGGAGAUCUCGAAAAGAUUCAUGUAGAAGGGGAGUUGAUCGAAGCGGAGAAUUCAUCAAUCCCCAUGGUCGCGGCGGCUGUGAGCACGAAAGACGAUCCAAAGCUACCGUGUUUAACAUUUCGGUUUUGG